UCCUCCACCCCAAGUCCAGCCGGUGUAUUUGGAUUCGAAGUCGGAGCUGACAGCUUGGUCCUUGGAAUAGAUCGUCUUUCACAUAGAGCAAAGAAAACGGGAGAAUUCGAUUGCGAUGGACGACAGGUCGACCAAAUGACCCAGCUAGAAGAAUUAUUUAAGAGCAUCGUCUCAUUGGAAUUUGAUUAUGUGUUUAUCGAAUGGGAGGAAUAUUGCAGCAUUAUGAUACGCCCAUGCGACGAGGUGCAGGAAUGUUGUGAUGCACAGUGAACGAUCUAGGUAACCAGAAGAUACAUCUGAAUCCAGAAAAAAAAUGCUUAUUUUGAGAGGAAGCCUGGAAGAGCGCAUGGAUGUACCAUUAGCCUAAUCUCUGGAUGUCAAGAAAUAUUGUUGCAGGGUAUAGAAAGGGACUAAGUGGAUAUUAUUAUUAUUAUUAUUAUUAUUAUUAUUAUUAUUGUAAAGAUGGUGGACGCAUCCUCUGCUGGCUUUAAUUUGGGCGAUAUAAACACACUAUGGAGGAGAAUUUCGUCGCCUAAUCACUAUCACCACGACCUGGAUAAAAGUCACCUUUAUGCUUGCCAUUCGCAUCACUCUCGUUCCUCAUAGAAAGAUCAUAUAUCUUAAAUAUCAUAUUAAACAACCCGACGAUCCGCUUAAGCGUGUCAAAAAAUAUGUAUUGAUAUACGCAACAAACUCCAGCUUCAUGAAUCAGCUGCUCGGUGACAAUAAAAGGUCUAGCCACUGUCAAAACGACAAUCAAUGAAAAUGAGGACGAAAUUAUCGAAGUAAACACUCGCACGUGCAAUUUAUAGAGAUAGGACGUGGAUUAAAAAGCAGAUAUACAGUAGCUAUAGUAACAUUUAUCACAAGGAUAAUUCAUUUAAAUGUUUAAACUCCGAAUAUAUGGUUAAAACGCUAUGUAGAAAACAUUAUGUAUGUCGACUAAACCAAAUGACAGUUCCUAGGCACUGCCAUCUCUGUUGUAAUUCACAUCUUAAAAUGGACGCGCGCUUUUUUUAAGAGCUAUUUAGAGACUCAAACUGGCUAAUAACGUUGACGAUGUUCAGGAUUUUAAACGAUACAAGAGAGGCGUGUAGAGAAAUAUAAUAAAGGUGGAAAUAAUUGUGGAUGUUAGUGCAUCUCUGUAAGCCUGUCAUAGUUUAGCUGGAGGGGAAAAAAUGUCUGAAGAUGCCUUAAGCCUGCGCAUGCAUGACUUUCAAGACUAUGAAUAUUCAUUAACAUCCACUGCAAAGAAUAACGACGAUGUCCUUUGCAUUUGUGAAAAUAUGACAGUCUUACAUGGAUCAGAUUUUGGUGGAUUAGAGUCAAAAUUCCAAUAUAAGCUCUUCACCUAAAAGCAUAACCCCUGCAAUUUAUGAUGUAGGGCCAAUUGUGAGAAAAUCCCAUCUCAUUCCUGUUGUUAUCCUGUAUGUGUUGAGGAGUUGAAAAGAGAAAUCAGUCAAGCUGUCUCCAAGGCCUUCUAGCUGCAAGCAAACACAGAAAAUGACGGGCAUCUAUUUGAAAGUACAAGGCUCUUUAAAUGUUAACACAUACACAAAGUGUGCUGUGGACAAUCCAAGCGAUCAGUGAGGACGGUGCAGGGGCAGCCCAGCUGAAGCUUUACUUAUUAAUUUCUUCCCUUGUCAAGAAGGCCUGUUCUCAGUAGAUGGGCUCUGCAUGGAUAUUGUGCAUGAGUUGACAGAGGGCCUCCUCCAGCAAUUGAGACCUCAUCGCUGACCUGUGCACUCAGCGAUGGACCCAUAUACGAGACUGAGUGGAGUAGGGGCUGGAGGUGGUAGCAGCGCCGCUCCGCUACCUUGCACCAGCAGUGGUGACUCCUCUGGCCCCCCACUUCCCCCUGCCCUCCCUGCAAAUACAGCUUCAAAGCCCUGCAUUACACAGGCAGAGAACAGCAGCAGCUGGAACUCAUCGACCCUUUCCUCUUCUGUGGAGUCCCCAGAUUCCCAUCAUCAUGAAGGGAGUAACACUUUCUGGAUGGCCGUGUUCGACUAUGAGGCCACAGCGGAUGAGGAGCUGACCCUGCGCCGUGGCGACCUACUGGAAGUACUCUCCAAGGACUCUAAAGUGUCUGGAGAUGAGGGCUGGUGGACUGGCAAGAUCCAGGACAAGGUAGGCAUAUUCCCCAGUAAUUAUGUGACCCGACGGGACACCAGCUAUCCUGCGUUGCCCCCUGGAGGCCUGAUUGGUGGGGAGUCUCCACUGGAGAUUGAUUUCUCAGAGCUAUGUUUAGAGGAGAUGAUUGGUGCUGGUGGGUUUGGAAAGGUCUAUAAGGGUGUGUGGCAAGGUGAGGAAGUAGCUGUUAAAGCUGCCCGUCAGGACCUUGAUGAGGACAUCAGUGCCACAGCAGAGAACGUGAGGCAGGAGGCUAGACUCUUCUGGAUGCUCCGACACCGCAACAUCAUCGCCCUGCGAGGUGUUUGCCUGCGGGAGCCAAAUCUUUGCCUGGUUAUGGAAUAUGCCCGUGGCGGGGCUUUGAACCGGGCACUUGCUGGGAAGAAGGUGCCCCCUCGGGUACUGGUGAAUUGGGCAGUUCAGAUUGCGACUGGAAUGGACUAUCUGCACAACCAGACCUUUGUGCCAAUCAUCCACAGAGACCUCAAAUCCAGCAACAUUCUGAUUCUGGAGCCUGUCGAGAGAGACGACCUGAACGGAAAGACUCUGAAAAUCACAGACUUUGGGCUUGCACGGGAAUGGCACCGCACCACAAAGAUGAGCGCGGCAGGCACAUACGCCUGGAUGGCUCCUGAGGUCAUCAAGCUGUCCUUGUUCUCCAAAAGCAGCGAUGUGUGGAGUUUUGGAGUGUUACUCUGGGAGCUGCUCACUGGUGAGGUGCCAUACCGGGAAAUCGAUGCUUUGGCUGUAGCUUACGGUGUUGCCAUGAACAAGCUGACUUUACCUAUUCCAUCUACCUGCCCUGAGCCCUUUGCACAGCUGCUGGAAGAGUGUUGGUGUCCUAACCCGCAUGGUCGUCCCGCUUUUGGGAGUAUCCUGAGGAGGCUGCAAGCCAUUGAGCAGUCCGCCAUGUUCCAGAUGCCCCUGGAGUCCUUCCAUUCCCUGCAGGAGGACUGGAGGCUGGAGAUCCAGCAGAUGUUUGAUGAAUUACGGGCGAAGGAGAAGGAGUUGCAAUCUUGGGAGGAAGCUCUUGCACGGGCAGCCGAGGAGCAGAGAGAGCAGGAGGAGCAUCUGAAGAGGCGCGAGCAGGAGUUAGCCGAGCGGGAGAUCGACAUUGUGGAGAGAGAGCUCAACAUCAUCAUUCACCAGAUGUACCAAGAGAAACCACACGUGAAAAAGCGCAAAGGCAACUUCAAAAAGAGCCGACUGCUCAAACUGGGAAGGGACAGUAACUGCAUUAGUCUGCCCUCUGGAUUUGAGCAUAAGAUUACGGUGCAAGCUUCACCCAGUGUGGACAAGAGGAAAGGUCAGGGCAGUGAGAGCACCACUCCUCCAGCCAGCCCAGGGGUUAUCCCUCGCCUCAGAGCCAUACGCUUGACACCCAGUGAUGGGAGAAAGACAUGGAGCCGAACAGCAGUGUGUAAGAAAGAGGACCUGGCAGGGACCAAGAAGAAGGGCCGAACAUGGGGGCCCAGCUCCACACAUCAGCGAGAGAGACUGGGUGGAGAAGACAGGUUGAAAUCACUUGGGGAGGGCAAGGUGUGGUCCUCUAGUGCUCCAAAUUUGGGAAAGUCUCCAAAACAUGCUCCCAUGACAGGGUUCUCAAGCCUAAAUGAAAUGGAGGAGAACUGUGAGUUUGAAGACAAUUCCCCGGCUCGACUUGCCCCAGACCUGAGCAGUAAUGGGGCGAUGGAUGAGGUGGGCUUAGGAUCAGCAGGUGCAGGGCCAGGUGGAGGCUCACAGGAUUCACUGAGACGCUGCAGCCAGAGGAAAAAGAGUGACCUGCUGCUGCUGGGUUGUGCCUCCAUCCUGGCCGCUGUGGGCAUCGGAUCUGACAUUUUACAGCUGGGACGAAAACAGUUGAGUCAAGAUGAGCAGGACCUGCGAGAAGAGCAGAGGAAGAAGAAGGAGGGCCUGUUCCAGCGCACAGGCCGAUUUAGACGCAGCACCUCUCCACCCAGCCACACACUGUCACUGUCCGUCUCCCACAACCGCCAUCAUGACUCCACCCUGCCCAGCAUGGACCCCUCUCCCUCUGUCACACUUCUCUCCCUCUCCUCCCUCUCCGACUGCAACUCCACCAAGUCCCUGUUGCCCUCUGAUCCCGAUGACUUUGCCCCGACCCCUAGCAGUGUCCUCCCAGUGGUUUCUCCCACUCCAGCAUUAAAUCCUCUGCUAGACCUGAGGGCAGAGAGCUUCAAACGAGAGCCCAAUCAGUCCCUCACACCCACCCAUGUCUCCGCAACCAUGGCACUGAACCACGGGCACCGCCGCACACCCUCUGAUGGUGCCAUCCGUCCUCGAGCAAAAACAGUCGUGGGGCAUCGCCGCACCCCCUCUGAUGGAAGUAUGCCUUUUCCCCCUCCACCAGCCCCCACCAAUACACCAUACACAGGUUCUUCUGAAACUCUUGACAUUCCACGCCUACCUGACCCGUCUAUGGUCUAUCCCCCUGCCCAUCGGCGCAAACCCCCUCCGCCAAUCUCUGUGCCAGAGCCAGACAUUUAUACGGGCACUCUCGAGCGUCCCAAAACCCUUGAGUUCGCUCCCCGUCCCCGUCCCACACCAACUCGGGCACGUCCGGACCCCUGGAAGCUCUCGUCUCUGUCACGGACACUGAGCUCGUCUCCCGGUAGCAGCUGUGACAGUCCGCUGGGCUCAGGAGACAGUGGAGUGAGUGCAGGGGUGAGCAUCGCCCAUAAAAGCCUCCUGGACAUGGACAUGGAAGGCCAGAGCCAGGACAGCACGGUCCCCCUGUGCGGAAAACAACACCCGCAGCCCACUCUGUGCGGUCAACAUUUCUCAUAGAAAGACACAGGUAUCACAGCCUGGGAUAAUGUACCCCUUACCAGCACUCUGUGGCAGUUGUAAAAGUUGUUCCCCACAGUUUGCCCUCUGAUUUCAGCAAACCAUGUUUUGUGGUAGGCAGCUCAAAUGGGAAAAGCUGCCCUCUGCAGUGGCUAGACAGACGCCUUCGAGACAGGUCGGGAUCCAGCUUAUAGAUAAAUGACCUUGAUUUGUUUAUCUCAGCCUCUCUGCAAUGACUCAUUGUCUCCGAACUUAAUGGGCAUCAUAAUGGCUGAGGUCGGUUGGUUAAGUGCCAGCCUAUAGCGAGAAGCUUUAUUACAUGGAGCAGGAGAGGACACUCUAACUACACCCCUAUUUCUCUGUAGGUCUGUGACCUUCCUUGUUUGUCCAUAUCUGUUAUCAUAGGCCCUGUGUCUCUAAUCUUAUCAUUGUCUCCGUGGGCGCAGACAGUUUUUGGCCUAAAGGAAAUAUGACAAGCUCUUUUUUGCCAUUGUUCUAUCCAGUGUGUACACAAUGUAAAGUCUAGUAAGGGGCUGUUCACAUGGGACGUGUUAAUGUCUCUGUUUAUGCUGUUCGUUAAAGGAAUGUUCUGGGUUCAGUACAAGUUAAGCUCAGUGAAAAACAUUUGUGGCAUAAUGUUUCCACAAAAAAUAAUUUCAACUUGUCCCUCCUUUAUUUAAAAAUAAGCAAAGGUUGUGGUUACAGUAAGGCACUUACAAUGGAAGUGAGUGGGGCCAGUCCAUAAAUGCUAAAAUACACAUAGUUUCAAAAGUGUAACCACAAUUUUAGUGUGGUAAAAUCACUUAUUAACCUUAUCUGUAAAGUGUGUAAAGAUAUAUCCAAUAUUACAACUUAAUUGUCACAAUGAUGUAACGCAGGUAAUCUGGUACACACCCUAACGGCAUUAAAUUCCUGAUUUUAUGACACUAAAAUCAUGUUAGCACAUAUAUCAGUGGGAUCAGUGGAAAUUUGUUGUGUUGUAAUUAACAUUAUGCCACAAAUGUUGUUGAUUGAUCUUAACUUGCACUGAACCUGGAAAAUUCCUGUAAUUGUUUUUAUCUUUAAAUGUGCAAGGCAGACAUCUUUGAACAUUGCGCACUGUAAGUGCCCCGUUUAUAAGAUGCCAUGUCAAGUUUAAAACAGUUAAAGUUUUAAAAACGAGUCUUGACGUGUCUGCAUUCUGUUCUGUUACGUUGCGCCUAGCUGUUUUCAAACUCAAGAACAAGUCUUGUGUGAAUGGCCGCCUAAUCAUUUCUUAUUUAUAACCAGGAGAAUUGUGAAUGAAGUUCAUUGUGAUGGUACAUGAUCACAAUGGUACAUUGCUCUUUGCAAGUUGCAUUCAUUGUAACAUAUUAACAAAAUACAAGAAUAGGUGUACUAUAAGAAUGUUAUAUUUUUAUUUGUGGGGAAAAAAAAGACAUCUCAUGGACUCUCUCCAAGACCUAAUCAGAUUGUGAGAGCAGUCCAAAUGUGAAACUAAACGUGUUUUGGUGUGCUGUGCUCAGAGCAGAGGCUUUCUUAUUGUGCUUUUGUGAGUGUGUUUGAGUGCAUGUCAGUUUGAAUGAACCCUGGAUGAGCAAACCCCUGCUCUGCUCAUUUAUUGUCCUCUGAAAUAAAAAUCCUUUGAAAAGCCUCCCUUCUUCUCAAUACAAUGAUAGCUCCCUUGAGGACCAUUAUGAGGAGAGCAGAAGGCAGAAAUGGGAAAAAUAGGGUGUUUUACAAUUACAAUUUGCAAUAAAGAGCAAAAAUGUACUACCUGUCUUUUUUAUUAUUGUGUACCAAACAGCCAGACGGACCUCCUUAAGUGGAACCCCUGACGUUCUUCCUCUGCCUAUUCAGCAGUUCAACUCAACAGAAAGGAAUAGUAUGCAUGUUCACAAGAUUUUAACAUGCAUCACCACAGGGCAUUUUGAAGGACACUGUCAUGUCAUGUGAUGACAUCAUAAUGAUGUUAUUCUGUUGAUGGACUUGACUUUGCUGAGAAACACACCGGAGGUUUUUCAACUUCUCUGUGCUGAACCGUUAAACCUGGUAGUAGACAGUAUUUUUUUGACUGUCCACCAAUGAGAAUGCCUGUACGUGUGUGUGAGAGCGGGUGGGUACGUGUGCGUGUGAUUUGUGUUCUUAUUGUUCUUAUUUGUAUGGGGUAAUUCUCUUUGCAGGGGUUGAGCAAACACACCCCUUUAUUUCCUGUGAGGAAAUACUAAGAGUAUUUAUUAAAAUAAUUGUUACAAUUGAA